AUGAUUGUUCUUACUGUUGCAUUGAGUGGAAUUGCUGCUUUGCUACUACCUGGAGGUAGAACAGCUCAUUCUAGGUUUGCUAUACCAUUAAUGGUGCAUGAGGAUUCUGUAUGUAAUAUCAAACAAAAUAGUGAACUAGUUGAGUUGUUAAAGCAAACAAAGCUUAUCAUAUGGGAUGAAGCGUCUAUGGUUCACAGAUAUAGUGUUGAGGCAGUUGAUAAAAGUUUAAGAGACAUUAUGUCAUCUACAGAUAAUAAUAAUGCUAAUUUGCCUUUUGGUGGGAAGGUAGUGGGUUUUGGUGGAGAUUUUAGACAAAUUCUUCCUGUCAUUCCUGGAGGUGGCAGGACAGAAAUUGUUAAUGCAAGCAUAUGUUCCUCUUACAUAUGGGACUAUUGUAGUAUUUGA